AAUAGACUUGUCAUACCGAAUCACCAUCUUUCUCCCUCCCUCCUUUAGCUAUCGCCGCAAGUCCGCAACCUCACUUCGUAUUCUCCCCGUUCGGUUUUCGCCGCCACCACCUCUCUGGCUCGUAUUCUCCCCGUCUUCUUCAUUUCUCACCACUUCAGGGUUUAUCAUUGAAACAUUCCGAAUUCUAAGUAAAAAUCAACAAUGACCGAUUUGGAAGCAAAUGCAAAGAUGAAUAAUCGUAAACGAAAGCAGAAAACCCAUGACCAACCACAAAAAUCUUCGAAAUUGCAUCGUUCAGAGCCUGCUCAGAAGCCUCAAGACCCUGGGAUAUCUUCCACUCACUGGAACAAUCUUCAAUUGAUAUUGUGCAUCCAAGACAAACAACUUGAUCUUCACAGUAAGGUCAGUCAAGCAUUCAAUUUUGUGCAGUCGAGAGUGGAUGGUGGUGCUGAUAUUGAUCAGCAUUGUGAAACUGUAAAACUACCGAGACUACUAGGUUAUCUUAAUGAUUGGAUCCUGACAGUGUUGUUCCCUCCAAAUGGGAAGGAAAACUGGGGGGUUGGAAAAACACCACAGCUUGAUGGAAUUGAGGCAUAUAUGGAUCUUAGUUGUUGGGAGAUUUACAAGUUCUGCUUGCAGGAGUCUUUGAAGCUCCGUGUCUCUUUGAAUAUGUCACGGAAUCUUCUACAGACAAUCCAAUUUAUUGUCAGAAAUACUAUGUUGCUGCUAGAGGACUUCUCUACCAGUUCUGGAGAACAUUUUAAAUAUGGUGAAAAGUUGAAACUUUAUGAUACUGCUCUUGAUUGUGUUUCGUUGGUGUUCUCGUCCCAUGGUGGGUUGUCAAACGAAAAUUUGGACUUAUGGGUUGAAACGACUGGGGCAUUGCUUGAGCUUGUCCUAAAAGUAUAUGGCAAGAACCUUGAUGGAAGCUGUGUGGGUGCUUGUGUAUUGCGCUUUUUGUGGUUAGUGCUUCAGCCCUUCUCCAAUUUUUUGAGGGUCCAUCCAGCUAGGAAAGGAUUUCAAAAUUUUGUGGAUAAACUUCUUGAGCCAUUGUUGCAUUUGUCGGGUGAGUUGCAUCUUCGGGCUAAUGGGAGUGAUCCCAUUUGGACAGGGAGAUUGAUGAAGGUGGUGGAAGAAGUUCUUUCUCAUGGACUUUUUCAUCCAGUUCAUAUCGAUGAAUUUUUAAGCUUACAUGGUUCAGAAAAGUAUGUUGCUUCAUGUGAUGAUAAACCAAAAGAUUCAAAUGCAGCUAUUAAGAGUUAUCAUAGACAUUUGUUUGAUGUUCUGAACAAAAUUAUAUCCAGAAAGAAUGCUAUAGCAAUGGGUAGCUUGGGUUUGAUAUUUCGCUUGUAUGCUGAUUCCGCAAGAAAGUUCAAGGGAACUUCAGUUUUGUAUGAAGGGAGCAAUACAAUGGAGAAAAUGGAUGACUUAAGGCAACCUGUACCAGGAGAAACUUGUAGCUCCAAUAAUAUUUCUGUCGAUACUCAAAAAUCACUUUUUAAUUUCUUGGUACUGAUUAUGGAGCCACUUUUGCUCGAGGUUAAUGCCUAUCUCCAUGCUAACCUAGAUGCCAAACUCAUUUUUUCUGAUCUUUGUGGUAUACUAAAGUCUAUUUGUAAUUUGCUUGCUAGUUUUAUGCAAGAGAAAGUAUAUGUGAAAACUGAGGACACAUCUGGAGGAGCUUGUCUUAAUUUCUUGAAGAAAAUAUUCAAUACAUUGAUAGCUAGUUCCACUAGUAUACUCUGCCUGGCUAACUAUGGUACAACUAACAUGACAGGGAUGGAAACAUUUAGUUUAUCAGCUAACGACAUGUUAGUUGCAAUGGGUUAUCUUUUGGAAAUUGAAUAUGAGGUUAUUGGAGAAGAUUUGGUGAAUUUAUGGCUUAUUCUGUUAACAUACUCUGCUGUCAAUUGCAAUAUGGCAAAUGCUUUUGAUCGAUGCUCAUUAUCUUCCACUAUUCCUGCCUUGGGUUGCCAAAUAGUUAAUCUGUACAGUCAACUUCGACAGGUACAAAUUGCCAUUUUAGCAUUGUGCAAAGCACUAAGGCUUAUGACUUGUGAUGGUGAUACUGAAGAAAGUUCUUCCAAGUUAUUGACAUUUCUGUCUAAUGACAUUUAUUCCGAAUCAGUUGAAAGGCUUUUAUCUUCACAUAAGUUCAAUCACACCAUUUUUAAAGCCAUGGAGUCUAUUCCAGAAGGGCAAGUGAGUGGGUUUAUUAGACAGAUAACAGAUGAUAUAUCUGAAACUCUUGGGUGGAUGAAAAAUUGUUCUCCAUUGGUUGGUGGAAACAAAUUGCGACUGAUUAAUCUGCAGGCAGAACUCUUGGGCAGAGGGCUCUCUAGACUGUAUUCUUUAGUGCUUGAUUCCGCCACUAUAACUGAAGGCAAUAGCAAUCUUGUUGGAGUUGCUGUUAAAGAACUUAUGUCAUUACUGCGUCCCUACUUGAGCAUUCUAGUUGUACAACAACCAGAUACUAUUUGCAAGUUUUUUUCAUCUAUAAUAGGAGAAAAUGUUGAUCGGGCUGUUGGAAAGGGAAAGGUUUUGAAGAAAUUUGGUGGGUCCAGUCAAUGGGUCUUUGUGUUCUUUUUGCAGUUGUUUGUGUCCAGCCGAAGCUUACUUAGGCAAGCAAUCAGCCUUAUGCCUCCCAGUUUAUCAAAAAAAAUGUCUGCCGAGAUGGGGGAUUACUCAGCAUAUUCUGCCGUUGAGUUGAUGGAGAGGGCUGAUGAGACUGAUAUUGCUUUCUUCUCGUGGAUUGCCCAACCUUCUGAUUCCCUCAUUGACAUUAUGAAAUUAAUAUCAGUCUUCUAUUUAAAGUAUGGCAAUGAUUCUUCUCCUUUGGUUUAUAUAUUUCAAUCUAUGGCUCUCCAGAGGCUUGUUGACUUGAAUAAGCACGUUAUAUUGUUGAAGUAUAUGCAAAAGAAGCAUUAUAGACGACAAAUCAAGGCCCUGAAGGAAGAGGCUUCUGGACUUACUACUUUUAUUAUGGAAAACUUGCUACUUUCUGAUGAUGUAAAAUGUGAAGAUUCAGUUUCUUUGGCUCCUCAAAUCAACAUAUGGAAUCAAGGAAUUUAUGUUGCUAACAAAAAAUCAUUGCCAAUUGCCAUUUGGUCAAAUCUCUGCAAAAAUGUUGAUAUUUGGGGAAACCAUUGUUCCAAGAAGCAGUUGGAAAAAUUCUUCUCACAUUUACUUCGUACUUCCCUUCAUUGUGUAUCUAGCAGUUUUCAAAAGCUAGACAUGCAAGAUGAGUAUAAGCUACUCAAGAGAGUCACUUUGCCACAUAUAUCAUCAGGCCUUCUAAGUGAUUCAAUUUUGUAUGAACAAAAGUUUGCCCGCAGGAAUGUAGCCACUAUCUUUUGCAGUGCUUUAGAGGAAUCUGCAUUACCAUUGUUUCAUAAUGUUGCAUGUACUGCUGUCAAGCUUCAGUCAGAACCUAACUGGAUUGAGUUUUUAAGUACCCUUGACAACCGAGCACUUGUCAACAAUAAAGAGGAUCCCGUUGGUUGUUCUGCAGUUAAAAAACUUAAUGCAGAUAUCAGCAGCAGAGAAAAUGCCUCCCCUCUUACCAUCAAGAGUUUCACAGAUUGCCACCAUUUGCUUAAUCUCUUAUCUUUGAUGUCAGAUGUAAAUGCAAGAUCAUUUUCACAUAUUAUAUCUUGUAUUUUCAACCUUGAAAGGCUUCUUGUAAAUGCAUUGGUAUAUUUUAAGAGCACAGUGUACGGGGACUAUUAUUGUGAGUUUUUGAGGUUAUUUGUCUCUUGCCGGAAGGCCUUAAGGUAUAUAUUAACAGGAUUCUGUGAGAAGACAGGCACCAUCCAAUCCUUACCAAAAUCGGUUAUUUCUGAAAGUUCAUCUUCUGUUUUGUGGCUGUCAAAAUCAUUAUCUGUGAUUGUUGGAAUUCAAGAGGUAUUCUCAGCAGAAAAUAUUCUAUUUCGAUCUCUGAUGUUUUCUUUAAUGGAUCACACGUCAUAUGCCUUGUUGGGCAUUGGAAAACAUCAAAUUAUCCAUGUUUUUUCUUUUGAUAAAGAAGCUGAGAUGCCUUGUGAAGAGAUCUCUGAUCACAAAAUUAGCCAUGCAGAGAAUCAUUUGCUUUCAUCUUCUCAGUAUGUAGAUUCUUCCAAGCUUGAGGCAUUGAAGUGUUUAACCUUUAUGGCUGAGAAUUUGAAAGAGCAGCUGCAAAACUUGCUUGUUUCUCAAAAGGGUAUCCCCUGUCAUGUCAAUGUGGGACAUGAUCUUACCUAUGAAAACAUUAAUAGACUGUCUUCUGCAGUUUCGUGCUUUAGUGGAGUUUUGUGUGGCCUAACAUCUGCCCUGGGCCAAACAGAUGCUAAAGAUAGUGGUCAUAAAGAAAAAGUGCUGAUGUGGAAACGUGAACUUGGCUCUAUGUGGAGUUGUAUAUUUUCUUUUGUGCAAGUUGUUGAUUUUGUCAUAAACAAAUUGCUCAGUGAGAAUAAUCAACUCUCCGAAAGUUUACAUGAUACCCAGAAUUUUGAGAAGCCAAUCUUAAACUUAACUUUGUCUGGUACAAAGUGUUUGUCACCUGAAUGCUCAGUUUCUAAGACUACUGGCUCAGCUGGAACACAGAAAGAAUCUAAAACGGAAGCUAAUUGUUCUACUUCAUCAGCAAUUGGUAAUGUCUCCAAAAGUGGCAGUGAUGUCGAUAGAAUGUCAAAUCUAGAAAAUGUAAACUUUGUUGCUAGUGUUUUGGCUAGGGAUGAUUCCCCUGAGCCACUGGGUUUGAAUAAACCUUUGUUACAAAGCUUGGUAAAAGGUGAUCAUCCUGAAGUGGCUUUUUUACUAAGACAAUUGUUAAUAGCUUCGUCGUCUCUUUUGAGGCUAAAUUUGCAGAUGGAUGAUUCGCCGCCAUUGCCUUGUUUUGUGCCUGCUUUUAUUGAAAUCUCACAAGUCUUGUUAUUAGAAUUUACAGAGAUGAUUGGGGUCCCACAACAAUCUUCUUUUCUUUUGUUAGAUGGUGCUCUCAGCUAUCUGAGAGAAUUAGCAAGUUAUUUUCCUUUCACAGAUCCUACCUCAUCGAGUAAAGUUUAUACAAAAUUAGUACAGAUUCACAUGAGGGCAAUAGGCAAGUCCAUAUUGUUGCAAGGGAAAAGCGCAACCCUAACCUUACACGAAAGACAGUCAAGUACAAAGACACUGCAUAAAGGAUCAUUUGAAGCUUGCUCUUCUAAUGAAAUGUACGACAUUUGCUUGGAUGAAUUGAAAACUAGGCUGCGGGUGUCAUUCAAAGCAUAUAUAGAGAGGCAAUCAGAGUUGCAUCUUUUGUCUACUAUACAGGCCAUUGAGAGAGCUCUAGUUGGAGUACAAGAAGGAUGUGCUAUAAUAUACGACAUAAAAACAAGUAAAGAUGGAGGUGAAAUUUCGACACUUGUGGCAGCCGGCAUUGAUUGCUUGGACAUGAUUAUCGAAUUUGUUUCAGGUCAGAAAAGCUUGAAGCUGAUCAAAAGAUACUGUCAGAGUUUAGUAUCUUCUGUUUUCAGCAUUAUUGCGCAUUUACAGAGCCCACGCAUAUUUUAUGUUAGCUUAAGAUGUAGAACAGUUGCCGGUGUUCCUGAUCCUGGGUCAGCCAUUCUCAUGUGUGUUGAAGUGCUAGCUACAAUCUCAAGGAAACAUACUCUAUUCUCGAUGGAUGUGUGGCAUGUGGGUCAUAUGUUACAUAUCCCUGCAGCACUCUUUCAAACUUUUGAUCAGCUUAGAAUUUCUAAAGCUUCUCGUCCGUCAGAUUCAUUUAUGGGCUCGGAAGAGCAAAAUUUUCAUCCAGCAGAGGGAGUGAAUUGCUUUCAUGUAGAUCACCAGUUCACGAUUAACCUAUUUGUUGCAUGUUGUCAACUAUUGUGUACCAUUAUAAGGCAUCGUCCAAGUGAGUGCAAGCGGUGCGUUGCCCAUCUUGAAGCUUCUGUUACUGUUCUUCUUAAUUGCUUGGAGACAGUUUUAGAGAACAAAUCGAUUGUGAACGAAGGUUUCUUUUCUUGGGAAGUAGAAGAAGGGGUGAAAUGUGCUUGUUUUCUUCGAAGAAUUUAUGAAGAGAUAAAACAGCAAAAAGAUACAUUUGGUCGCCAAUGUUGUCUAUUUUUAUCCAACUAUAUAUCGGUUUAUUCAGGAUAUGGUCCCAAAAGAAGUGGUAUUAGAAGAGAAAUAGAUGAAGCUUUACGACCAGGUGUCUAUGCUUUGAUAGAUGCUUGCUCAGUUGAUGAUCUUCAAUAUCUUCAUACUGUUUUUGGAGAGGGACCUUGCAGGAAUACCUUGACAACUCUUCAACAUGAUUACAAACUCAAUUUUAAAUAUGAAGGAAAAGUGUGACCUUGAAAUUCUUUUGAUGGUAAAUUUUUGUGCCCUCUCAUUCAUUCCCACACAGAACGCUUUCCACCGAGAUUGAUAAGUUAAUGUUUCAGCUAAUAUUCAUAGACAACUUUCUCGUGGGGAAAUUUGUGUAUGCCAAUUUUGUAUGUUGUGACGAAACUAGAUUUUCAACACACUGGUGGCCAUUUUACAAAUCUGUGUCUAUUAGUUUGGAAGACACACAUUGUAGUCUGAGGAAUUUACAAGCGCCAUUGAAAUCACUAGGUUCAGCUGUAAUUAGUUAAAGUCUAUCAUCAUAGAUAAUUAUUUAACCGAUUCUUGUAUUUUAUUCCAAUCGUAGUUUAAAGAUUUGCUUAAAAUAGAUUGCCUAAACUUUUUUGUUGACUAAUUUGGAGUUUUGUGACAAAGUGGUACUUGUACUAUCGUUACAGUGACAACAUUAGCAAUUCAAAAGUACAGAAAUUUGGGUACUUUGGCUGGAGUUUGUGUUAUUUGUUUGCGUGUUGAAUAGUAGGCAUUGAGGUGUAUCAACACUCAACAGCUGAUUUCUUGUAGGCCAUUUAAUAUCCAAACUUAUCUUAAUCUGAACUGUUUUAUGGACGGAGUAAACCCCUACAAGUUUCCGGAGAGGUCACUUGGUUGAAGAUUAUUAUUCAACCUCAAGGUACUCGGUUCGAGACCCGACAUCGUAAAAGGAGUAAACCCCUACAAUUGAAUUAUUUUCUUGUUUUGUACCGUAUAUAAAAUAUAGUAGUACAAGACAAUUGGAUUUCUACACUCGGCAAAAGCCAAUUCCACAAGUCACAGGAUAAAUAAUGAGUUGGGAAUGUGAAUUGACCUUUUGGUUAAUUAAGUAAAUAAGCCUAUGGUGUCUUUUGUCAAAUCUUCUAUAAAUGCUACAAUUGACCCCACAACUUUGUAAUAUGUGAUGAUAAUAUCUUCUUUCUCACGGAAUGUGAUGGCCUAACUAAAAAAGAUAAUAUUAAAUGACAACUACAUGUUGUGUGGUGGGCA